AGACAAAGUAGUUAAAAAUUAUUACUAGCGAGGGGCUGGAAUCUCGAGGAGUGGAUAUAUAAGCCGGCGCCUCCAGCGCAGAGCUGCUGCAGCUGAGAGCGCCGCGACCCAGGCACGGGCUGAGCCUUUCACCAGCCAGAGGCCAACGAGAGGCGCGGAGGGGGCCGGUGGGGUCCAGUCGCGGCUCCGGCCUCCCCUCGGGGACAAACACGACACCCCCCAACGUCCGCUGCCUCACCGCGCACCCGCCGGGCUGUGCGCUCUAGCCCAGCACUCCGCCAGAGUUGAAUAGCACCCGGCACGAGCGCAUCCGGCUCCAGGCCCGGCCCGAGGCGAUGCGCGCAGGGGGCCGAGCGGCCGGGCUCGGGCGGCGGGAGUAGCGCCCGGCGGGGAGGCCCAGGGGUUAGAGCCCCGGCUGUGCGGCGGGCAGAGGUCGCUUUCGCUCCACGCAACACCCGCUGCUGUCGCCGUGCCGCGAUGAGCCGCGUGGUCUUGCUGCUGCUGGGCGCCGCGCUACUCUGCGGCCACGGGGUCCUCAGCCGCCGGGUGGUCAGCGGCCAAAAGGUGUGUUUUGCUGACUUCAAACAUCCCUGCUACAAGAUGGCCUACUUCCACGAGCUGUCCAGCCGAGUGAGCUUUCAGGAGGCACGCCUGGCUUGUGAGAGUGAGGGGGGAGCCCUUCUCAGCCUUGAGAAUGAAGCAGAACAGAAGCUAAUAGAAAGCAUGUUGCAAAAUCUAACAAAACCAGGAACAGGGAUUUCUGAUGGUGACUUCUGGAUAGGCCUUUGGAGAAAUGGAGAGGGGCAAACAGCCGGCACCUGCCCAGAUCUCUACCAGUGGUCUGAUGGAAGCAGUUCCCAGUACCGAAACUGGUAUACUGAUGAACCUUCCUGUGGAAGUGAAAAGUGUGUUGUGAUGUAUCAUCAACCAACGGCCAAUCCAGGCCUUGGAGGCCCCUACCUUUACCAGUGGAAUGAUGACAGGUGCAACAUGAAGCACAAUUACAUCUGCAAAUAUGAACCAGAGAUUAAUCCAACAGCUCCUGCAGAAAAGACUUAUUUUACAAAUCAACCUGGGGACACCCAUCAAAAUGUGGUUGUUACUGAAGCAGGCAUAAUUCCCAAUCUAAUUUACGUUGUUAUACCAACGAUCCCACUGCUCUUACUGAUACUGGUUGCCUUUGGAACUUGCUGUUUUCAGAUGCUUCAUAAAAGUAAAGGAAGAACAAAAACUAGCCCAAACCAGUCCACAUUGUGGAUUUCAAAAAGCACCAGAAAAGAGAGUGGCAUGGAAGUAUAAUGAUUCAUUGACUUGGCUCCAGAAAAGAAAUCGAGUUUCAUAUUCGGGAUCUGCGUAAGGAAUGGCACCAGAGCAUUCGCUUGGAAUGGCUUGAAAUCUCAAAGGAUCUGCAAGGUGAACUGUAAGCUCCCCCUUGAGGCAAAUAUUAAAAUAAUUUUUAUAUGUUUAUUAUUUCAUUCACAAAACAUGCUGUGCUAAUAAUGGAGUGAGACAUGCUUAUUUUGCUAAAGGAUGCGCCCAGACUUCAAGUAAAUGGAAUGGGCCCCGCAGAUGACAUUACAGUCCACACACCAGAGAAGCGUGUGUGUUGAAGCAGUUAUUUCUGUUUCUUUCACCUCUCACGAGUUGUAAUCUAGCUAAUGUAAUGUAAAUGGCUUUGACAUUUACAGUGUGCAAACAUAUUUUACCUUUACAUAAGUGUUUGAUAACAAUGGACUGUUCUAAUAUUUAUUUUUAUGGGGUUUCAUUUUUUAAUACAUGCUGUUUUGAUUAAAGAAAUGUAUUACUAUUUUCACCUGAAUUCAUAACAUAAAUGUAGUACCAUAGAAAAGUUUCUUUUCUAGAAAUGGUUCAUUUUUCAGUUUCCCUGCUUUCAGACAAUGUUUAGGCAAUCUCUACAGAAAUAAGAAGCUAUUUCAAUAACUGUGGUAUAAAUCUACUCAAAUAUUUUACUUAGAGGCAAGAAUUGUCUAAUUUCAAUUGUGCAAGACAUGUGCCUUAUAAUUAUUUUUAGUUUUAAAUUCAACAGAUUUUGUAAUAACUUUGUUAAUAGCUGUAUAAACAAUAAUACACUCCAUCUAGAACAAAAAUAGUGGUAAAGACAGUAUAAAUCCUAUGUCUUCACAUGUUGCCUAUAUAACCACCAGUUGCUCUUUGAGGGUUUUGGAAUCAGCUUGCUCCCUUCCUUGUCCACAAAACGAAGAUGGUUGUUUGGGGUCUGGGAUUAACACUGGAAGCAGGUAGCUGUGGGGUUUGCUUAAGGUUUUUCCUAGCUCUGUUUAGCCUCUAUUAGCAGCAUAUAAAGGAGUCCUGGAGUUGGGACCAGGAGAGUGGUCACUACCGGUGUGGAGGUAAGCACAGCACACUCACAGUUCAGAAUGGAAAGAAACUAAGAAUCAGUGUGGAAAUGAGCUGCCUGGCGUCCGUGAUCACAUGUUGGUGUUGAGAGUUUGGCUGAGGGGUAAACUGGGUCUCCUCUUGCCUUCUAGUUUCUUCAGUGCUUGUGGCUCUUUCUUAAGAAAGUUGUAACUAUCUGGUCUUCAAAUGUCCCUGUGCUCCUUUUAACCAAA